AUGUCCGCUGUCGGCCGUAAUGGCAAGCUCAUGGCCUCGCUGCGCCAGGGAGCUUCCCCUAUGCGCCGAUUGAAGCUCAGCAAUAGAUCCGCGAGCUUCUCCAGCUCUGCCCAGUCCUCCAAGAGCAGUCGCUCGUCGACUCCCCUCUGGCUGGCCGCCGGCCUAGGUGUCACAGCUCCUCUUGCCUACACGCUCCUCAACUCGAACUCCAACGACGCCGUCAAGCUCGACACAUCCUCGCUCGCCGAAAAAGAUGCACAGAAGAAGCGCGAGGGCGCCGUGGGCGACGACUCGCCGAUGCGCCUGCGCAUGGAAAAGUUCAUCAAGGAGCAGCAGCAAAUCAUUGUCAAGGAGCUGGAGAAGGUGGACGGUGGCAAGUUCCGCAAGGACGAGUGGUCGCGCCCCAACGGCGGCGGCGGCAUCACCUGCGUGCUCCAGGACGGCAAGGUGUUUGAAAAGGCCGGCGUUGGAAUCAGCGUAGUCUACGGCUCGCUGCCCAAGCCUGCCAUUGCCAAGAUGCGCGCCAACCACAAGAACCUGGACCCCAACGUCGAGUCGCUCGACUUCUUUGCUGCCGGCCUGUCCAUGGUGCUGCACCCGCACAACCCCAUGGCGCCCACGGUGCACCUCAACUACCGCUACUUUGAGACGGCCAACCCCGACGGCACCUCGCAGGCGUGGUGGUUUGGCGGCGGCAGCGAUCUGACGCCGUCAUACCUGUUUGACGAGGACGCCAUCCACUUCCACAAGACGCUCAAGGACGCCUGCGACUCCCACGACAAGACGUACUUCCCACGCUUCAAGAAAUGGUGCGACGAAUACUUUAGCAACAAGCACCGUGGCGAGUGCCGCGGCGUAGGCGGCAUCUUCUUCGACGACCUUGACGACUCGGAGCGCGAUCAGGACAAUACCUUUGCUUUUAUCCAGGACUGCCUCAAGUCCUUCUUGCCCUCGUAUAUGCCCAUUCUCGAGCGCCGCAAGGACAUGCCCUUCACCAAGGAAGAGAAGGAGUGGCAGCAGAUCCGCCGUGGCAAGUAUGUCGAGUUCAAUCUCGUCCAUGACCGCGGCACUGCCUUUGGCCUGAACACACCGGGCUCCCGCGUCGAGAGUAUCCUCAUGAGCUUGCCUCUUACCGCCACAUGGAAGUACAUGCACGAGCCGGCGCCCAAGAGUCGUGAGCAGAGGCUCGUCGAUGUGUUAAGAGAGCCCAAGGAAUGGGUAUAA